AUGACUUCAGCGGUAUCGCCCUCUGAAGUGGAAGCUGCCCUCAGUGCUGUGGCAGCCGAGCAGACCCAAGACGACCGCAAAAAGGCAGAGCGCAGAAGGCAAGUGCGCACGCCAGAGCCUGCCUUCCCACCAUUUCCCACCUGCCUUGCUCUGCUUCAGCACUUUCUGCCAUCCGACCUGCACGCACCGGAGCUGUCGCGCGUUGUGACGAUCGAUCGGAUCCAGCACACUAGCGUGCCCACUGAGAAGGGGAAGAAGCGCAAGAGAGGAGGAGAUGAUGACGAGGACCCAGGCGAGAAGCGGGAAGCGAUGAUCAACAUGCUGCCCAAACCCAUCCAGCGCGAGCUGCGGGUCCUGCGUCUGCCGGACAACCUGUGCGGCCACUCGGCCUUCCACUUCAACAAGAUCGUGCGCUACACAUACGAGCUUUGUGUGGAGGGUGAGAUUAUGCAGCACAUCUUGCACCGGGAGGAGAUCCUCGACAUGGUGGCCAAGGGUUUGCAUGGGAAGCGUACCGUGGCCAAGCAGCUGAUCAUUGUCCCAGCGUUUGCGGGCGUCUUCUUCGGUGAUUUCCAGGGCGAACAUGAGGUGGAGUUUCAGGUGUCGUCGAUGCCGGUGAACAAGGUGGCAGCGGUGGCGGAGGCGACGAUGGAGGGGGACCGGGAGGUGUGGAUGGAGCCGGUACGAUUUGCGUCGAGUGUGCUGUAUGCGCGCACGCCGUCGGGGUGGGCCAACGAAGGUGGGGAAGAGCGCGAUGAUGCGGUGCUCGCCUUGGGUCUCGUGGACGCUCUGGCAUUCGAUGGUGUAGAAUGCAGAGAGUACAAGCCAGUCGUCGAGGUCGACGGACGGGCCUCUUGA